CUCACUUUAGCUCUUAGAAACACAUUUUUUUCAAAAAAUCUAUCAUUAUGUUGUUUAUAAAUCCGUAUACUGGGAUGUUAUGUAUAAUUUAGCAAUUCAAUUAUCCUAUUACAUGUCCAUUAUCAAUAAAUCGAUCACUAAUUCUAGUGGUUUUCAAAUCAAAUAUGUAGUAAAUGACAUCAUUGAACUAUUCUCAAGAACUGUUUAUCACGUCAAAUUUUGAAAUAUGUAAAAGAAUAAAAUAGGCAAUAAAAUGAAUAUGCAUUUUGUAAAAAUUCCCAUGGAAGGUGCGCAAGUAGGUAUAUAAUCAAACGUUGCUUCUAUUAGAAGUAGUGUGAGAUUCUCAUCACCCAGUUGAAAAUGAAAUUAUUCGCGAUUUUAUUUCUUUGUUUUAUAUCUAACACAAAAUCUCAACAGUUUCAACAACCAUCAUGCAUCAAUCCAUCUGGUGACAGCGGUCGGUGUAUUAACAUUUUUGAUUGUAAACCAAUAAUGAUCAUACUCAAUAAAGAAGUGAUAACGGACGAAUUAAAAGUUGAAUUAAGAAAAUAUUUUUGUGGAUUUGAUGGAGCGACAAUUAAAGUAUGUUGUCCAAACAAGGAAAUUUUUUCUAAAUCGGAUGAUUCUGAAAAUUUGCUACCAAUAGAUGAUUGCGGGGAAGCCGUAUCCGUGGCAAGAAUAACUAGCGGGGAGAAAGCUGAGUUAUUAGAAUUUCCUUGGCAAGCUGCGCUAAAAUACGUAUCUUUGAAAACUAUUCCAUAUUCUUGUGGAGGAACUUUAAUUAAUAAAAGAUACGUUUUAACAGCGGCUCAUUGCAUAAAACCAACCUUAAUUGGCGUUCGUUUAGGUGAAUAUGACUUUUUAACGCCAACUGAUUGUAUCAAAAUAAGAAAUAGCACAAUUUGCGCUCCUCCCCCUCAAGAUUUUGAUAUCACACGAUCGGACGUAACAGUUCAUUCUCAAUACAAAACCGCAAUUACAGGUUAUGAUAUAGCAUUAAUUCGUUUACCAAGAGAUGCAGUGUUUAAUGACGCUGUUAAACCAAUUUGUUUGCCAAUAAACAAAGAUCACACACCUGAUGAUCUUAGAAAUAUGCUUGUAGUCGGUUGGGGUCGCACCGAAUACGAAAAGUUUAGUACGGUUCUUCUUAAAGUCUCGAUUCCAUAUCAAGAAAAUGAUGUAUGUAAUCGGAUAUUACCCGUUAGGAUUCAGGACAAUCAAUUUUGUGCUGGUGAAAUAGAUGGUAGAGAUUCUUGUAGUGGUGAUAGCGGUGGUCCAAUUAUGACAGCUGUUAAUGUCGAUGGACGCCUCAAAACUGUUCAAAUUGGAUUAGUAUCGUAUGGACCACAACGUUGUGGAAAAGAUUUUCCAGGUGUAUAUACCAGAUUAAGUUCAUACACCAAAUGGAUUUUAGAUAAUAUAAAAUCCUAAUUUUGUGUUAUAUCUUCGUUAUCAUAGUGGCGUCCUUGGUGUUAAUCAAAGAAUACAGAUUCAUAUACAGGGUGUCUCAGCUAGACCGGUCAUUAGACGUUUCUGGGG